AAUGUGAUUUUUUAAAAAGAUUACGUACAAUUUUUCACUUCAUUUAUAUGCUAUUUUUACGUAUAUCAUAUAAAAUGAAACACUGUGUUUCAUAAUUAAAGUUAAAGAGAUUCGUAUAAAAUUUCACUUUCUCUUUGCCAAUUCUUGGUUAUAGGGCGUCAAAGUGUAUAGUAAUCUAUGAAUUUAGGCGUAUUUAAUAGAGUUAAUCUUAAGGAUUCCCAAGGAGGAAUGUAUUCCGAAUGGGCUUCUCUAAGUGUUCUAGUUCAACAAGGAUCGGAGGAGAGCCAAAGUGUUCUCGAAAAAUUUUCGCCCGGGGCAGGAAAAGAAGUUGCCUUGUCUAUUGUACGUCAACUUGCUACAAAUCUUGGCAUCACACAAGCCGCUGAGCCUAGUCCAUUGUGUACCGAUAAAGAAGUGCAAUGGUGUAUGGAAGUAAUAUGUUUUGGAUUAUCAUUACCAUUGGCCGAACAUGAUACCGUUAGGGAUUGUGUUAACGUGUAUUGCGAGUGGUUAUCUGCAUUAUAUUCUACGCCAAAAAUUUGUGUACCCAGACCGAUUGUAGACGAUCCUAAUUUUUAUGCCAGAAAAAUAAUAAGCCAUUUUCAUAAUUUAUUUGUUCCACGAAAAGGAGAAGUCUGGCCAUUUUUAUAUCAGGAUUUAGGAACGGAUACAAUUAAUCGACAAGCUGUUUUGUGUCAUAGAGUACUUAGAACAUUACAACAAAUUGCAAGGGGUCCUGCAACUUUAGAAAGAGAAACUUGGGAAAGCUUAUUAUUAUUUCUCGUUGGAAUUAAUGAUGCACUUUUAGCACCCCCGGCAACAAGGGAAGAUGCUGGAGAACAAUUAUGCGAAAGAGUUUUAGGCGUAUUGUUAGAGGUGUGGUUAGUAGCAUGUGAACGUAACUUUCCUUCUCCACCGUUAUGGCGUACUUUACGGGAAUCUUGUCUUCGAUGGCGACACAGAUUAGCAUUGGUAGAGCAAUGGAAUCGUGUCUGUCUUGCACUUACAGCAAGACUUUUACAAAUUAUGUAUGGUCCAAUGUUUCCAGAAUUAAAAAUAAGUGAAGAAGAUUCUCAGCUUGUACCACCUUCAAUGUCGGACGAAGCUGUGGCACAAGCAUGGUACAGACUUUUGCGAACGAUAGGUGAUCCAGUUGACUUAUGUAGGCCUGCUGUUGUUUCACAGACACAAGCAUUUUUGCAGUAUGCCAUUGCUAGCCCAAAUGUUAUAGAUCCUUGUCAACACCCAUGUUUACAAAGUUUACCGCAAAUAUUUUUAAAGGCAAUAAAAGGUAUAGCAGGACAAGUUGAUGCUUUUCUUGGAGUUUCACAGGCAUGUUGCUGGGAAGAAUGUUGUGUAUCCACCAUCGGCUCUGGAUCUGCUAGCAUUGGAAGUGGGGGUAUAGGGUGGGACAAAUCAAGUGGGAAGGAUUCGACACAGCCUUCUCCUACACCUCCGACACAACGCAGACUUGCCAAAAGUUUCAGUGUAACACCUUCUGCAGUAACUAAGGGAAUUCCAAAAGCUUCCUUAAUUGGUUUAACAACAAGUCGUGUUUCGAGUACAUCGCCCAUGUUAAUAUCUAAUUCAGGACCUUCAUCUGCCUCGAGUACAACAUCUAUGGCUUCUCUAGUUCAAGAUAUUAGGCCUCCUUUAGCUCCAGGACGUCCAAAGUGCAACAGUAUAUUGCAUCUUUUUGGAGAGUGGUUAUUUGAAGCUGCAUUUAUAGGCACUGAUGGAUGGUCACAAAGUCUACCACAACCAUCGGGUGCGACAAAACGUCCAUCUUCUGUACUCGUUGAGGGCCCUAGUUCAUUACAAGAAAGCAUUAACGAUGUUCCACCAACGCUUUGUAUAGAUCGUUAUGAAUCUGGAAGGGCAGAAGCCUUAGGUGCGCUAUGCAGGAUAUUUUGUGCUAAAAAAACCGGUGAAGAAAUUUUACCUGUUUAUCUAGCCAGGUUUUAUCAAGCAAUGCAUCAUGGUCUUAAAGUUGACGAAUCUCGAGAAUGUGGCGAAACGUUAGCAAGUAUACUUUUGAAUUCUGCGGAUUUAUUUCGCUUAGAUUUAAACGGUGUUCAGAUAUUAGUACCUGCAGUGAUAUCAGCUUUAGAGACAGUAUUACCAGAAAAAGAUUUGAAACUUAAAUCUAAUAUAGUAUCGAAACCAGAUUUACGAAGAGCCUCCAUACAUCUAUUAAUAUCAAUGCUGGCAUUACCUCUUCACUUCCAAAAUCUUGCUAUCAAGGAAUUACCAACAUUUCUAAGUCCGAUGAUUACAGAAAAAUGUCACGUAACAUUUGCACAAUUAAAAUCAAGACUUAUGAAUUUGCUUAUCAAUGCGUUACAAGUUGAAACUGAUUCUCAGAAUACUCAUAUGUUAUUAGGAGCUCUUUUAUUAAGCGUACAAGAUUCUGCGGCGGCAGAAGAAGUUGAACAAGUCACACAACCUGACACUGUAGCACAUGAUUCUACAGUAAAUUUAUUAUCAUCAGUCACCAGCGAUUCAGCCAGUCAAAUAAGUAUAUCCAGUGAUCAACGAUCGCUCGGCGAAGCCUCAGAUAUUACAACUCUUCAAGAGGAAUGUAUUGUAUUCGAUUCAGCUCAUGCUCUUUUCGUGCGAGCAACAUAUUUAGUUUGCCACAGAUUAAUAUCAUCUUGGAAAACAGACCUAAAUAUUUCUCUGGCGGCUCUUGAAAUAUUAUCUGGAUUAGCAAGAACACGCAUUCGUGAAACAGCAAGGAAACUUACAGAUGCUUUGGAAUGUAAACGUGCUGUAAAAUGGCUUUGCGAUUACAUUGCGUAUCAAUGUUGGCGUCCACCGCCAGCACAUUCAAAAGAUCUUCAUUCCUCUAUUGUUGCUGCUUUUAGUUGUUUGACAACUUGGUUAACUGCUCAUCCGCAAUUACUGCAAGAUAAAGAUUGUCUAACAACAGUUUUGGAAGUAGUUGAACUUGGAGUAUCAGGAACAAAAAGUGUAGGGAAACCUGGUGAACCUAUUAAGAUGAAAGAUGAGAAAGAACUAAAACCAGCAUCUAUGCGCGUCAGAGAUGCUGCUGAUGCUCUUCUUACAGUUAUUCUGGAACAGGUUGGGUAUUUUCCAAGUGCAUGUGGAGCGCAAUCAUUAUCAUCUUUAUUAGAUGAAGUAUCACUUUUACGACAUUGCAACAGUUGGACCGGUGGUUGUGUACCACGUCAAGCUGCAGUUGAAAGAUUUCGAUAUUUCGUUGCUGAAAAUGCUACUAUAUUAGCUUUAUUAGAAGAACCUCUUGGGAAUGAUCAAGAUCCACAGCCUACUGUAACUGUAUUAAUACGUGGUCCAUUUGGUAGGCAUGCAUGGACAAUGCAACUUCGACAUUUACCAAGGCACAGAUCCAGUAUUAGAAGCGUAAAUACAAAUCCUGGUCGACCGCUGCCAUUAGCAGAAGCAGCACCACGAACAGAUUAUAAACCUAGAUUCUUUCCUGAUAAUGUUGAUCGAAUUCCUCAUUGUAAAGUAGAUGAAUCCAUACCAAGUCUUGAAGCAGUCAUGAAUGAUAACAAUGAAGUUAGAAACGAACAUCAAAUUUUAUCACAGUUAUUAGAACGUCAAAUGAAUAUCGAGUCAAAAUGUAAUGGAAACGAUAAAAUCUCGGAAGAAAAAACAGAGGAAUGCGUACCACCUCAAAUUUGUCAUGAAUUUCAAACUGCACGUCUUUUUUUGAGUCAUUUUGGUUUUUUGAAUAUGGAACCUAAACAAAACGAUGAAUCUAGAAACAGUGGCCUUAUUGCUAUAGAUCCAACCAUUCCAGGAUUUUGUUUAGAUUUAGAAACAUUAGAUAACAUUAGUCCAAGAACGUGUGAUACUGUAUAUAUUUUUUAUGUGAAAGCUGGUCAAAAAGCUCCAACAGAAAUAUUAUCUAAUGUGUUACACGAAACAAAUGUAUCGCCAAAUUUCUUGGAGUUUUUAAAUUCUCUUGGAUGGUCAGUCUCUAUAUCGGUGCAUGCAGGUUGGACAGGUCAUGUUUCUACCUCGUGGAGAGUGACAUCGCAUCUGAAUGUGCCACCGCCAACUCAUAACGAUCACGGGGGAUCUCUUUAUAAUGGGGAUACCCAUGUACUUUAUUGGGCAGACGUUAGCUCAGAAAUUGCUUUUGUUGUACCAACUCAAUCGUACAAUAUCUUAAAUUCAGACUCGUUAGAAGAAGCAAGUUAUACUAGUGAUAUUAGCGUUAAUCAAGUCUGGUUUGAAAGAAGUAUCAGUGAACAUACUAAUUCUCGAAAUUAUGGAACAGGACAAAGUACAAUACAAAACUCACGAGCAAUGUCACUCGACUUAGAAAAGCAACCCCCAAGUUUAACAGGAUCUAGUCCUUCUAGUACUUCUAGUACAGACCCAGUGAAACCAAAAAGGACAGUUAAACAAGUUUUACCUGUACAAACUGAUAUUAAAAUUAUGGUCGUUUGGCUAGAAAGUUUAGAAGAUUAUGCUCAAUUUCCAAUUGGUGAUCUUCUCCCUUGCACUUAUACUGGCCUUGAACAAUCCAGAGCGAUACAACCAUCGGAUGUACAAGUAAUUUUUCUUCAAGCUCUUGGUAGUGGAUUAAUGAGAGUCAGAUUACAAGGUCCAGUUUCUAGAAUCAAUUUAGCUACUCCUUUAAUCGAUGGUAUGGUUGUGUCUAGAAGAGUAUUAGGAACACUUGUUAGGCAAACAGCAUUAAAUAUGGGACGUAGAAAAAGACUUGACAAUGAUAGUUAUCAUCCGCCACAUGUACGUAGGCGCUUAAAAAUUCAAGAAAUUGUACAAAAGUAUAGGAAAAAUUUAACCGAUCCAGAAUUAUUAACACUUUUAUUUAGUAGCACUCAAACUUAUCAAGUUUAA